AUGUUCUCACGAUCAGCAUCUCGAAGUGUAGUGUCCUCCCUCCGGUCCUUACAGGCACCCGUAAGGCAUUACAACUCUGCCUUCGGCUCGUCGACACCCACCUCGGCUUUCGCUGGUAAGAAGGGAUCAGAUGGUAACUACACCGUCACUUUGAUUCCUGGUGAUGGUAUCGGUCCAGAGAUUGCUCAAAGUGUCAAGGAGAUCUUUGCUGCUGCCAAGGCCCCUAUCAAGUGGGAGGAAGUAGAUGUCACCCCAAUCCUCAAAGAUGGUAAAACCGUCAUUCCCGAAGACGCUGUCACAUCGAUCAAGAAGAACACUGUCGCUCUCAAGGGUCCUCUUGCUACUCCUAUCGGAAAAGGUCACGUAUCCCUCAAUCUUACCCUCCGACGAACAUUCUCCCUCUUCGCCAACGUACGACCAUGUGUCUCCAUCCAAGGUUACAAGACCGCUUAUGACAACGUCAACACUGUAUUGAUCCGAGAAAACACCGAAGGAGAAUACUCAGGUAUCGAGCAUGAGAUCGUCGACGGUGUAGUACAAAGUAUCAAACUGAUCACUCGAGAGGCUUCCGAACGUGUUGCUCGAUAUGCUUUCCACUACGCUUCUGAGAACGGUCGAAACAAGGUUACUGCCGUGCACAAAGCCAACAUCAUGAAAAUGUCCGACGGAAUGUUCUUGACUGCUUGUCGAGCCGUUGCUAAGGAAUACCCUAACAUCGCUUACGACGAAGAUUUACUUGAUCGAGUCUGUUUGAGGAUCGCUACCGACCCAACACCUUUCGCUGACCGAGUUAUGGUCAUGCCUAACCUUUACGGUGAUAUCUUAUCUGAUUUGUCAGCCGGUUUGAUUGGUGGUCUUGGUCUUACUCCAUCGGGUAACAUUGGUAGAGACGCCUCCAUCUUCGAAGCCGUGCACGGUUCCGCGCCCGAUAUCGAGGGUAAAGGACUCGCUAACCCAACUGCCCUUCUUCUCUCCUCCUUGAUGAUGCUUCGACACAUGGGUCUUUUCGAACUCGCUGACAAGAUCGAGAAGGCUGCUCUUUCUACCAUCGCCGAAGGUAAAGCCAUCACCCGAGAUCUCGGUGGUAAAGCCGGUACUCGAGAAUACACCGAUGCUAUCUUGGCUAAACUCAAGUAG